AUGACGGACGUUGAUGGGAGCGAUUACUUAUGUCACUGCUGUAUUUUGACGAUUUCGGCAGUAUGCGCUGCACUGAUAUUGACGUAUAUUUCGUCGACGUUUCGAUUUUACAUGAAAGCCUUCCUCUACCUUAUGGCUAUCAUGGGAGCCGGAACAAUUGGAGGGUUUAUGAGUUUACCCUUCGGAAGAACGCCAAACAAUCAUUAUAGAAUGUUUGCGCUUUUCCAAUGGUUCUCUUCGUUCUUACGGCUACGCUUCAUACUUCGGAAGGAACAUUACUUGGAGAGCGACAAAGCGUUUAUCCUGAUUGCUAACCAUCAAAGCGCUAUCGAUGUACUCGGGAUGUCGUACUGCUGGCCGCAAAACUGUGUUGUGAUGCUGAAGAGUAGCCUCAAAUAUCUUCCGGGAUUCAAUCUGUGUGCUUAUAUGUGCAAUGCCAUUUGGAUAAAUCGCUUCAGUAAAGAAAAAGCACACAAAGCUCUUGACUCGACCUUAGAUGCCAUCAUUAAAGAUCACCGGAAGGUUUGGAUUUAUCCUGAAGGAACUCGUAAUCCUGGGAAGACCAUGCUUCCAUUCAAAAAAGGAGCAUUUAUCUUGUCCAUGGAGGCCAAGGUUCCUGUGGUAUGUUGCGUCUUCUCAUCGCACAGUUUCUUCUACGACGCACGUCAUGGCCAGUAA